AUGGGCGGCGGCAUCCAGUCAGCGUGCGCUCCCACGCAAAACAAGUCGCUUGUGCAUGUUGUUCGAGGUGAAAUUGCGAGAGAAGCUUUUGCUAGCGGUCGACGAGGGCCAAUGACGGGGCCGAGGAUGCUAGCUUACGCUGCGGGGCAAUGCAGCGACAUGCUGGGCUGCUGGGGCGGACGACAGGGGAGUCGAGGUAGUGGUCGUCGUGUGUGUGUGUGGGAGCGUGCUAUGAAUAGGCCGUUAAUUAGGCUGAGCCGGGUCGAGGAAUUGCCCAUAAUUAGGGCAACGGCCCAAAGUGGGUGGCAUGGCGAAGGCAGGCGAGGGCAGGUGCAGGAAGCGGCGGUGAUUGGUUACCGAGGGCUACAAUCAAUACUUGGCGGGCGACGAAUGGGCCCUCGAGUACCGGACACGACUCAAACCUCUGCUCGCUCGUCUCUGCGGCACGCCUUCGGUCAUCACCAUGGGAUCCGCCAAGCUGGCCAAAUUACGAGCGCCGUUGCACAAAGCCGUUCCCAUCCAUUGUCGCAGCGGAGCACACCAGAGAAUGGCGACUCGGCUGGCCGCAGGGUCUUGGAGUCACGGGCUCGUCGUGUGGGUGCUUCUCUGGGCGACCGUUGGCCGCCACUGUGGGAGAGGGUUUCAUGGUGGCUUGCUGGCGGCCAGCGUCACACUGGCGGGCAAGGUGAGGCGGUGGGCGUGGUGCUGGCAGUUGCUGGCAGUGGCAGUGGCAGUGGCAGUGGCCCAGAGCAUGUCCGAGUAUGCGUGCACGCCAUGGCUCAACCUCAGAUCUUCGCUGCAUCUGCGCGCGACUGGCGGCGACACGAUCCGCUGCCGUCGGCCCUCGCUGUGAGUGGAUCCGCGGCGACCCUGACUUGGCCGGCCGGGCGUAGGUGCGUGCGUGUGUGCGUGUGCGUGUGGCCGUGGCCGUGA